AUGGCUGAAUUGCUCUCGAGACAGGGACCUUUGGCCCAUGUCUGGCUCGCGUCCAACUAUGACCGAAAGCUUUCUAAACUGCAGCUCCUCAGCACAAACAUCAUUGCAUCCUCCAACAUCAUUUCCACGAGGCAGAUCCAGUCCGCUGGAGACACAAAUUCGGAUACUAUCACCUUAAGACUUUCGGGCCAGUUGCUCUUAGGAAUUGUUCGAAUCUACUCCAGAAAGACCAAAUAUCUCUUAGACGACGUCAACGAGUGCUUGUACAAAUUGAAGAGCUCUUUCAGAUAUGCUAGUGGUGCCAGUUUGGGAUCUAAUAUUACGACAGUGAACUUACCGCCUCCAAGAACCACCAUCACCAAUUUUUCCAAGCAUUUAAUGCAAGACCAGGUGACAGAACUCGACUUGUUCUACCAGGAAGACUUAAACUUGGACGAUGACGCAGUUGCACAGACCAAUCAUGACAUGCUCUUUUCUCAAGUCAGCUCUUUGAACCACUCCUCCCAUGAUGCUUCCGAAAUUGACCGCUCCAUUGAGUUUGCAAGAAGACAAUCGGGGCCACAACCGGAUAUGGACAUGGACAUGGACUUGGAUUUGGACUUUGAUCUUGAUUUGGAUCAGUCUAUCGAGCAAGGUCGAGAUGCUCAGGCGCCUAUGUUGGAGGCAGACCAAUCUGUUUUGGACCUUUCCAAAGGUCCCAACUCGCCUAUUCUUGAGAGCGAUGACUUGGGACUUGGUGAGCCUCUAGAAACCAUUGAGGAUCGUUCUAGUGUUCAACCACAAGAGACUUCACCAAUUACCCCUCCACAGGAAUCCAUCGGUCCUGCCAGACGCACAAGACUUGUUGGUGUGACAAAUGAGGGUGUAAUAAAAACCACAAAAAGGAAGUUAAUUGUGGAUAAUGCAGAGGAGUUGCAAAGGGGACUUCCGAACGAGAUUUUGAAAAGUAUUCAACAUUUACAAACACAUGGCCGGUUUACGGAAGAGACAUUGACAUUAAAUUUGACAGAGAACGAAAAGUUGCAAUUGAUCGAGGAACUCGCUUCUCCUGCCAGCUCGAAACGGAGAAAGAUCUGGAAUCUUGACCAUGAGCUCAGGCAGAGAUGUGUCCAACUCUCCAACCAAGAACAACAAGGCUCAGAAUCUCCUGACCACUCCAUGAGCUUCGAUCUUGACAACAGCUUGGACUUUGACUUAUCUUUGCCAGGUCUUGAGCCAGACAACGACGCUAACACCAUGGCCAAACCAACAGAAUCACCCCGCGAAGAUGAUGACAACACAAUAGACAGUGUGAAGGGCACUACACAGAUCGCUGAACACUUGAGAAAGACCUUUUUUGAGCAGCCAACAAUCAAAUUUGACGAGCUCAUGGACAAAGACAUGACGGACGGAGAUAACGUGCCACUUGGGGCAGUUCAUAAAGCUUCAGACACUGUAAAGGUCAGUCAGAGAAGAGAGGCAACUAAAUGCUUUUUUGAGUUACUUGUGUUAGCUUCCCAUAAUUGUAUCUCCUUAGAACAAGACGAGACCAAUGGUCUCUCCCAGUUGGGAAAGAACCUUACAAUCAGACCAAGAGACAAUCUUGUAUCAAGAUUUCUUUAA